CGCCAGUCUCGACACGGCACGUGAUUUAAAGCCCGGACAUUUGGCGCGGGUUCCGGUUUGGAGUUUAAUGCCGAUCAAUGAAUUACUGAUAACCAAACGUGAACAAUGAAUCCAUCAGAGAUCAAAACUUUGGCUUUGAAAAUCGGAAUUUCAUCAAAAGAUGUAAUCAGGAAAGCCGAGGAAUUGCUGAGACUUUGUGAAAUCCGAUGCAUGUCAGCAACAGCCCUUGGCCCAAACAGCACAUGCCAGGCAGUCAUGUGCAUUGAGCUGGCAGCAACAUCAGUGGACCAACCAAUCGACAAAAAUGCUGCCAUCCGGUGUUCAGGAGUAACAAGAAAAGUCUACACUACGUUGUACAAGACGUUAGAGAACAUCCUGGAGAUGAAGCAAGAUAUUGGUAUCAGAGAUCUUGCUGUACAGUUUGGUUGUUUGCCUGCAGUCAACCCAGCACUAGAGAUUCUGGCAAGAUACAGAAAAGAAUGUGAAGGAAAAAUGAGCGAGUCAGCAAGGGACGAUGUCAACUUCAACAGUUCAUUGUUUACAACUGGAAGUUUGUACACUGCGUGCAGGCAUCUAAAAAUCAAGGUAGAGAAGAGUAAAUUUCUGUUGGUUGCUGGAGUGAAGAAAUCCACUUUUGACAGACUGAGCUCUGACCUCACAACACAUGCUACAGCUGUCAUAGGGGAAAGAAAGACGGGUAAAUCUAAGAGACAAGGACAUUGGUUGGAAGACCUAGAAAAAUCCUUUGAAGAAGAGUGCAGCCCACCAAAGAGGCAACCAAUAGCAAAGCAGCAUGGUGUAUCCAAUGGCAACAAUGACUAUGAGGAGUGGAAGAGAAAAAUACUGGAGGGAACAAAAACGAACACACAAUCAUGACAAAAGAAGGACCUGCUUUGAAAUUGUUCAUAUUGUUGAUGUGUUUGAGUUGCAGUUUGUUGAAGAAUGUGCUCAGAAUGAGAUUUAGUGUUGGUUUUUGUUUUGCAUGAAACCUAGUGUUAAUUUCAUUUGCCUGAACCCAGAAAUGUUGAGCUAAGAAAGUAUAACACGGGUUACCAGCCCAGGUUUCAUGAGAUUUAAUGGAAAUUGUCUGGCUCCUCUUUUUUGGUGUGAUGUUUUCUGUCUUAAUGCAAUUAAAGUUAAAUCAAGUUAAUUAAAUUACUUUUCUGGUUAGUUUUGUAUUGUGUCUUGCAACCCCAUCAUUAAUUUGGGCCAUGUCAUAUUACCAACUCAGUUAUGUUGCACUGUUCAUAUAUCGUACCUGUGUGGAAGAAGUACGACUAACUUGGGGCAGGUAGUUCAAAGUUACAUUUUCAAAGUCUGUGGAGAGUUUCUAAAUGAAUGUAAAUAUUGGUUGAAUCUAACAAAUAAAUGAGGAUGAAGCUGUGAAGUUAAUUACACUGA